AUGGUGAGUGGCCUUGAAGCUAUAUCAGCCAGCUUUCCUUGAUUUGAUACUGUCAGAGUGCAUCAAUGUGUGGAGGUCAAGCUAGUCAAGGUAGUGUAAUAGUUCACAUACCAUCCUUUCCUUCACAGAUAGUGGGUCUCUGUUUGCAUCAGCCAGGAUUUUUUUUUUUCUCAAGGCCUGGUAGUGGUGAAAGGACAUGGGUGAAGAAAGUGUUGAGUACCUCUGCCAUUUCAGCCUUGUUGGUGACUAAUUCAUCUCUUCUGUUAAACAGCAGGCAAAUACUUUCCUUCUGUCUCUGCUUGUUUACAUACCUGUCCUGGUUUCAACUGGCAUAGAAUUUAUUUUCAUCCUCAUAGCUGGCACAAUGCUGUGGUUUAAAUUGGUAUGAGAAUAAUGUUAAUUGCAUCCUAAUGAUUUAGUUCUUGCUAAUUUGCAUUUGCCCUACAUCAAAGACCUUUCAGUGUCCCGUACUCUGCCAGUGAGAAGGUCCACAAGAAGCUGUGAGGGGCCAGGACCACUGACCCCAACUGGUCAAAGGGAUAUUCCAUACCAUGGAAGGCCCUGCUCAGUACAUGAACUGGUGGGGGGUAGCAGCUGGGAGGGACCUAUUGGUGCUUGGGGAUAGAUUGAGAUAAGCCCAGAAGAAGGUUCACAGAGAACUGGACAAGGUGUUUGGAGGAUAUCAAGAAUUGAAUGGCACAUAUACUCUUGUUGUAAUUUGUGCCCUACUGAGAUUUUCCCUGACCUGGAGAAGUUUAGUCCUGAGUGAUUCUUCCCUGAACUUUAUUUUUUUAAACAGCUGCAGUUUUAUACUGAAGAGUUCAGAAGUUGUCCAUUGUUCAAACUUUGGAUAGGACCAGUGCCUCUCAUGAUAUUGUAUCAUCCUGACAGUGUGGAGGUUAUUCUGAACAGUUCAAAACAUAUAGAGAAAUCAUACCUGUACAAAUUCCUGCAUCCAUGGUUGGGCACUGGACUUCUGACAAGCACUGGAGACAAGUGGAGGUCACGGAGAAAGAUGAUAACUCCCACAUUCCACUUUGCAAUCUUGAAUGACUUUCUAGAGGUCAUGAAUGAACAAGGAAAUAUUUUGGUGGAGAAACUUGAAAAGCAUGUUGACAAGGAGCCAUUUGAUGUUUUUAUGGACAUCACUCUGUGUGCCCUUGAUAUCAUUUGUGAAACAGCAAUGGGCAAGAAUGUGGGUGCCCAGAAGAAUAAGGAUUCUGACUAUGUUUCUGCUGUCUACAGGAUGAGUGAUCUAAUCCAGCGGCGACAACUAAGCCCUUGGCUUUGGCCUGAUUUUUUGUAUAUAUUGUUCAAAGAAGGAAGAGAGCACAAGAGGAAACUCAACAUCCUUCACAAUUUUACAGAUACAGUCAUUGCAGAAAAGGCUGAAGAACUUAAAAGCACCAAGCAAGAGAAACAUGAUAAUGAUGGCAACUGUGAAGAAAGUGGUUCCAAAAAGAGAAAAGCAUUCCUGGACAUGCUGCUGAGUGCAACAGAUGAUGAAGGGCAACAAUUGAGCUACAGGGAUAUUCGUGAGGAGGUGGAUACUUUCAUGUUUGAGGGCCAUGAUACAACAGCAGCUGCUAUAAACUGGGUCUUGUACUUGCUUGGACGUAAUCCAGAAGUUCAAAAGAAGGUUCACAGGGAAUUGGAUGAGGUGUUUGGCAUUAAUGAAAGUUCUGUUACAAUGGACAAUUUGAAGGAUCUUCGAUACCUUGAAUGUGUUGUGAAGGAAGCUCUUCGUCUCUUCCCUUCAGUUCCCAUGUUUGCCCGUACCUUGAGAGAGGAUUGCUGUAUUAAGGGAUAUCAGAUACCGAGAGGUACAAAUGUCCUUGUUUUAACUUAUGCCCUACAUAGAGACCCUGAGAUCUUCCCUGACCCAGAGGAGUUCAGGCCUGAGCGAUUCUUCCCUGAAAAUUGUAAGGGAAGGCACCCAUACGCUUAUGUGCCCUUCUCAGCUGGUCCCAGGAACUGCAUUGGUCAGCGCUUUGCACAAAUGGAGGAGAAAACUCUUCUAGCCCUCAUCCUGCGACGCUUUUGGGUGGAAUCAUGUCAAAAGCCAGAAGAGCUUGGUUUACGUGGAGAAUUGAUUCUUCGUCCAAAUAAAGGCAUCUGGAUUAAACUGAAGAGGAGACCAAAUGCUGGAUCAGAAUGAAAGGAAUUUGAAGUGUUUACUUCCAAGAGUUUUCAAUCUAUUUAAGCUGAGACAUCUUUUAAAUACAAAUAUUUUGCUGUCAGUCCAGCACUUUGUUUAAACUAAUUGUUACUCUUUUAUUAAGAAAGAUGUAAUAAUAGCCCUAGCUGCUCUACUUUUAUAGUGCUUGUGAACUUCAUGUUAAUCUUUGAAAUGCAAGUCUUUAAACCUUAAAUUUAAACCCUGUCUUAUCUGCUUAGAUGAAACUAUUCUAUUGCCACAGUAGCACAAAAACUUUAUGGUAAUAACAACAGUAAUGCCUGUGAUGAAGUGAUCAGGUUACCUGCCAUAGCAUUUUCCAAGUAUUUGUAAGGUUUUUAGGUUUCUUUGGUUCUGAAAAAUUCAAGUGAUAAUCCUUCUUGGCACAAUUUUCUUUUUUUUUGGUGAUGGCUACCUCUGUAAAGAUCAAGCAAAAAAUCUGAUAAUUUCACUCCUCUUUGGUAAGCAUUUGCAUUAGUUUGUGAGAAGGGAGUGCUCUGAGUCAUUUUUUAGAAAACCAAAAGCAUUACUCUGUAUAACCGUAGCAGGAACUAGACAGUAUGCAAAUUACACACAGGAUUUCAUAAUGACAGAAGCAAUGUAUUAUUACAAACUUUGAGAAUAAACUUCUUCUAUGCCUCA